AUGGCCGGGCCAACCGUCAUGGCCACGAAUGUCAGGGCGACCGUGCCCGAGGCCUUCAUGGUGCUCCAGCUGAGGAUGAGGGUGGUGGAAGAGCAAACCAGCGCACUGAUGCGAGACCCGGAAGCCCAGUUGGAGCAGUGCCUGAAUGCAAUCCGUGAGGAGCAUUUGCAAGAAAUGAAGAUUGUACAGCAAGAAGCAAUGAAGUUGCACCAACCCCUAAGUGAUAUGAAUAAGGCUGAAGAAAAGGCAAAAGAAGAAGUUCAGAGGCUGAGUACUGCUCUGGAGAUUACAACUGCAUCCAAGCUAACAGAACAGCUGUCCCAGGAGGUCAGCCUGUGGGAGUCUUUGGAGGAGUCCCAAGCAGCUGUGAUGUGUCAUGUACAGGACAUGGAAACAACAGUAGAAGCAGAACGGAAGCAGGUACAGAUAUUACAGCAGGACUGCCAAGAGUUGUGUAAAGAUGUCCAGCUAGCCCAAGUGAGGCUGCAAGAGGAGGAGGAGGAAAGAACUGCCCAACUAGAGCAACAGUGCACACAACUGAAAGCUGAACUGGGUGUGACAGUGGGUUAUUGUCAUAUCUUUUUAGCCCUUCUCUCCCUGCUUCCACAGUAAGAGGAAACAAGCACCUGUGGCAGGUGUAUCAGUCAACAAGAAUGGAGGGCAGCUUAAGAGGUGAUGAAAUAUUAAAGGCCUUUAGUUUGCAUGUGAUGUUUCUAAAGCCUCUUCUUACCUAGAGGAAACUGGCAACAGAGGUAAUCAGGGUAAUGAGUACACAACAAUAAUAUGAAAAGAUUCCAUCAGCAUAAAUUCUUUUCAGAGGAGACUUUAUCUAGCAAGUGACCAUUUACACAUGAUUCCUGAACUGAUGUGCAAGUAGAAUGCCCAUUGCUAUUGAGUCUUUUUGCAGCUGACUAAAUAAACGUGCUCUAUUAAACAUCAGUGUAAGGACAAGCAUCUUGGAUAAGCCUCUAGUUGAUCUCAUUUAGAUUCCCAGUCUAUUGAUGUAAAAGUAGCUGCUUAUAAGGGAACUAAGUGGCAUUUAAUACACUCCAGGAUAAACGGAAGCUCCAUACUGUCAAAAUUAAUAACUCACAGUAACUAUGCCUAAAUACUAGCAUAAUUAUUGUUCUUGUGAUCCUUCCAUCAGGACCUAUUUCAGAUUUCUAGCUACUCUUUUUACAGAAGUGUUCCUGUUUCCCAUAUGUUUCAUUUGUUAUUCUGCGAAUCACACAUGCGAUAAUUAACCCAUAGCUCACAAAAGGCAGUCGGCGUUUCUGCAUAAGGCAUGGCAAGAGGAGAGAAACUUGUCAUGUUGUGACAGAGUUGGCUGAAUGGGGGAGGAGGAUGGCAGAAUUCUUUCCUUCAGAACAAAUCCAUAUGCAAAUGACAAAUGAGACAUAAAUUUUCUUUACUUCUGUACCAAAUAGUCCUGCUGAUCAAGGCUUUUUCACUUUGUUAAUUGAAAGAACUUUUGAGUGAUCCUUUGAUGAUACCUUGGAUGUCACGAUAUUUUGGCUAGAUUUCCCUCCCUACCCUGCUCAUGCUGAAUUGUCUCUUGUUGUCUACCUUUUUUUUCCCCAGUAUGUUACACAGCAUAGCAGAGUAAGAGGCUAGCUCUUAUAGGCAGGUUGAUUGAAAUUCCAACAAAAAUGCUUCUGCUUUUAGAACUGGGUGGUUUAAGCAGGGAUCUAACUUGCUCUUUGUCAAUGCGCAAAAACUAGUAAAGUUGCACGUGGGCUGUGGGUUGUAGUCAGGACAAAUCAGUUGCUUACACACUAGACAGCUGAAUAAGAGACUUAGGGUUAUUUGAUUUGCUCAAGCAAUCAUGGAGGUGGUAUGUGUAGGAGAUUGGCAUGAUGACAUGCUUAAUUUUAAAAUUAAAUUACAAUUAAUUUAUGGAAUCAAUUUUUAAAAGUAAUUUUGCUGAAAUAUUGAAGUUAUCGAGAAAAGUAUUGAAGGACAAAACAUUUGUAGAAGUCUUACCUGUUUGUGGCAUAUUCAGUAACUUAGCUAAAAUCAAACAUUAAAUCAAAAUGUCACCUUGUAAAAUUACCAAACAGAUAACAAAGCAUGUCCUGACAUUCUUUUCUAUUUUUAGACUCCAGGAACUGUAUCACUUCCCAGCUUGGUGAA